AAAAUAACUAGGAAUUCAAGUCAAGCCUCAUUUCCAAUAUGGAUUACAUUUCCCAGUACUUCUUCACCCAAUGCCCAAACUCAGAAAACACACAGGAAUCUUCCUUGGACUCCCCACAAUCUUUCUCAUGGGAAAAUCUCCCUUUCCAUCACAAUUCCCUCCCCUUCGAUUUCCACGACUCGGAGGAAAUGCUCCUGUUCGGAAUCCUGGCCGAGGGAGCGUCGAAGGAAUCCUCGGAGACGAAUUCCUUCGGCGGGACCAAGGAGGAGGAGGUGACCUCCGUCGCGAAAGACGAAAAACCCGUCAGGGAAAAGUCCUACAGGGGCGUCCGGAAGCGUCCGUGGGGGAAGUUCGCGGCCGAGAUCCGGGACUCCACGAGGAACGGGGUCCGGGUCUGGCUGGGGACCUUCGACGACGCGGAGGCGGCCGCCCUGGCGUACGACCAGGCGGCGUUCUCGAUGCGGGGGGCCACGGCGGUCCUCAAUUUCCCGGCGGAGAGGGUGCAGGAGUCGCUGAAGGAAAUGAAGUACGAUUUCGAAGUUGGGGGAUCCCCUGUGGUGGCACUAAAGAAGAGGCACUCAAUGAGAGAGAAGUCUGGCACUGCCAAAAGGAGUAAAGUUAGUAAUAAAGAGGUGAAAGUGGACAAUGUGGUAAUAUUUGAGGAUUUGGGGGCUGAAUACUUGGAGGAGCUGCUAAAUUCAUCUUAGGUUGCUUCCAUUUUUUUGUUACAUUAUGUUUCUUUCUUUUUUUGUAGUAUCCCUCCUUUUUUUUUUUUUUUUUUUUUUUUAUCCCUUCAAUUUUGCUUAUAGAUUAUCUUGCUAGGGAUCAGAAUUCUCCGCGGGUCGGGACGUGAAAAUGUUUCCUAGGAGUGUCCUCGUAUUGGAUAUUCGGUUUCUCAUUCGAGCUUUUUGUUUCCUUGUAUGGUAGUUGUAAAUUGUGAAAUAUAUAUCAAGUUUUGGUAAUUA